AUGGAGACUUUAAGAGAAUUCUACGAGAAGCGAACGUUCAAUACGUAUGUACAAAAAGCGGGUUAUAAGACCGCAUAUUUCGGUAAAUAUCUGAACGAAUACGACGGUUCAUACAUACCAAGAGGUUGGGAUGAGUGGAUGGGACUUAUCAAAAAUAGUCGAUUCUAUAACUAUUCGAUUAAUUACAAUGGCUUCAAAAUUAAGCAUGGAUUCGAUUAUGAAAAGGUUUUUCAAUUGCUUUUGUUAUUUAAUAUUCAACAAAUGCUUGCUGUGUUCAAUAGAACAAAUACCAAUAUUCGUAGUACUGCAUUACAGCAUCAUUGA